CGUGUCAAAAGGAAAGAAAAGAGAAGAGGCAGCAGCUAACAACUUCUCCUAAAACUGAUCUUUUCUCUGAAACUUCCAUAUAUGACAACGCACAUGAAGGAAUGGGUGAAGAUUCAAUCACUAUUUUAUCUCUUUCACACGAUAACUAUUUGAUCUCCUCAUUUCAAGAUUCAUUCUAUCUCCUUUGUCCAAUCGUAGGUUGCUAUUUGCUUGGUCAAAUUUGAUUUAUCAGGUUCUUGAUUUGAGUUUUAAUGAUUUUAAAGGGCCUGUAUUUGAGCCUUUUGAGAGUUGCAAAGUACUGCAGCUAUACAUAUAUUUAUGUGGAUUUUGUAGUUCCUCUUCGUAGCUCAAAAUAAGUUGAAAUCUAUCCCUAUGGCAAGUUAACCUUGACUCCAGGUGUUAGCUGCCAGCAAAAACAGGAUUUCGACACUUACAGGUUUUUACAUAUUUACCAAUUCUUGAGUUGUGUGUCAUGACAAUAACAUGUUAUAGAAAUGGAAAGUGGGAGGUUGAAAGAAGAUGAAAAGUUUUGGAGCAAGAGAAAGAUGGGGUACAAAUUGAAACCAACAAGAAAAAGCAACAGGCUUCAGGCCUGGCUGAAACCCUAGCAGAUGCAAAGAAACCCUCAGGCUGAAGACGAAGAUUGUUUCCAGUAACUCAUUUGCAGGCUAAGGUCAUGAGUGAUCGGUUUGAGUGUGUUGUACAUCAUGGGGGUGUGUUUACUGAGUUUAAUAGGUUAGGUUAUGAUGGGUUAGAGGAGAUUUGGGGGGUUGACCCGGAUUAUUGGAGUUAUUUCGAGGUUAUGGAUGGUAUAAAAGAACUAGGGUACCCAAAAGUAGAUAGUUUGUGGUAUUACGAUGCAAUGGAUGAUAAUGAGUUAGUGAUGUUGAAAGACGACACAGGAACAACUAGAAUGAAAGUUAUUGCAUUGAUUAAUGGGAAUGUGCAUCUAUAUGUCAUGCAUCCAGUUGAAGCAGAAGCUGAACUAAUUAAUGAGGAUGUGGAUGAAUUGAAUAAUGCUGCUAUAGUAGGAACCUUUGAUGAGUUGGGGACCAUUGAAGACUUGAAUAAUCUAGGUGACAAUGUUGAUGAAGGAGGGCCCACUGGUGUAGAAGAAUCAGCAAACCAAGAAGAUCCUUUUGGGGAAUUUAAUAAGGAUGGGACCACUGGGAACUCAAAUGAGAAUGUUAACUUUGAGGGGAACAUUGUGUCUGUUGAUGCUAUAGUGGAUAUCACUUUAGAUGGGACCACUAAGGCUGUUGAAUUUGACCAAAUAGCUGAGGGACUAGUUGGUAACCACAAUGAUACAGAAGGACUAAAUAGUAACAAGGAAUCUGAGGAGAAGGGCAAAGGUGCCAAGAAACCCAAGGUUGGAAGACCAAGAAAACAAAAGGUGGUGGAAGAGGAAGUUCAAGGUAAUGGUUUAUUUGAUGAUGAUUGUGAAACUGAGGUUAAUAAACAGAACUUUAGAGGUUUGAGUGAUUCUGAGGAGUAUGAUACUGAUGAGUUACCACUUGACUAUGAUAGUGAAGAUGAUGAGGUUAUAAGAGAUGAUUUUCCAACUUUCAAACUUCCCAAAAAAAUGGAUGAUUACAAAUGGGAAUUAGAGACUUAUUUUGCUUCUAGUGAAGACUUUAAAGAAGGAAUUAGAACUUAUGCCAUACACUCAGGUAGAAAUCUCCAAUUUAAGAAAAAUGAUAGGAAGAGAAUGAGAGUCAUAUGUAAGCAAGGAUGUCCAUGGGAGUCAUAUUGUGCAAGGUUAGCAGACAAAAAGACAUGGCAGCUGAGAAAGAUUGUUGACAAUCACACAUGUAGCAGAGACUAUAAGGUUAGGUUUUUGAAUUCCAAAUGGUUGGGUAAAAAAAUUACCAGCACUGUGAGAGAGAAUCCUGACUUGAAACCAUAAGGGAUAUCAUGGAGAAAACAAAACAAAAGUGGAAUGUAGGGAUCAAUAAGACACUUGCAUACAGAGCUAAGUCAAUUGCAGUUGACAUUGUAGAUGGUUCUUUUAGGGAUCAAUAUACAAGAAUCCAUGAUUAUGGACAUGAGCUUUUAAGGUCCAACCCUAGUUCAAUUGUGGUUAUUAGUAGUCAACCUUGUCAACCAAGUCAAGGUGGAGAGGACAAUACUAAGAAUCUUGAUAGGCCUUUGAAUCCACACUUCCAAAGGAUCUAUAUCUGCUUCAAAGCUUGCAAGGACAGUUUCUUCAAGUGUAGACCUAUUAUAGGUUUGGAUGGAUGUUUUUUGAAAGGCUACUAUGGGGGACAAAUCCAUGAAGCAAUUGGGAGGGAUCCUUAUGAUCAAAUGCUGCCCAUAGCAUAUGCUGUAGUUGAGGUAGAAACCAAAGAAUCUUGGAACUGGUUUCUGGAAUUAUUAACAACUGAUUUGGGAGGUGUCAGAAUAUGCAAGACAUACACAUUUAUAAGUGAUCAACAGAAGGGUUUGUUACCUGCACUUGAAGAGUUGCUACAAGGAGUUGAUCAAAGGUUUUGUGUUAGGCACUUAUAUAGAAAUUUCAAGAAGAAGUUUCCUGGUGUCAAAUUAAAGGAGUUGAUGUGGAAGGCUGCUUAUGCAAGUCAUCCAAAUGCUUGGGAGAAAAUUAUGAGACAGAUUAAAGAUGAGAAUCCAGAUGCCUUUAAUCACAUUUGGAAGAUCCCACCUAUGUUUUGGAGUAAAUCAAUGUUUAAAAGUGGUCCAAAAUGUGACACUUUGGUGAAUAAUAUGUCUGAAGCAUUUAACUCUGUCUUUGUAACUGCAAGAGCCAAGCCCAUUAUGACUAUGCUUGAAGAGAUUAGGGUGUAUCUGAUGAUGAGAUGGGAGUCUAACAGGAAAAGGAUGAAUGUUCAUGUAGAAUAUGGAUGCUGACUGGGCUACCAUGCUGUCAUGCAUAUGCAUGUUUGAAGGAUCAACGAUUAGAAGUAGAUGAUUUUGUUCCUGAUUAUUACAAAAAGGAGUGCUAUGAAGCAUGCUAUACUCCUGUGAUAUAUCCGGCCAAUGGAGCUACUCUUUGGACCAAGACAGAUGCUGUUGACCUACAACCACCUCCUAUAAAAAGAUAACCCGGUAGACCCAAAAAGAAAAGGAACAAAGAGGCUGGGGAACAAGUAAGAAGUGCAACACAACUUAAAAGGGCAAAGUUUGGUAUCAAGUGUAGUAGGUGCAAUAAGGAUGGCCACAACAAGGCCACUUGCAAGUUGCCACCAACUGUGACUACUGUUCCAUCAAGCCAACAAACUGAGACCACUGCUCCAUCAAGCCAACAACCAACAACAAAUGUUUCUUCUGCUGCACCAACAACAACUGUUUCUUCUGCUACACCAACUACAAGCUCAUCUCAACAACCACCCAAAAAGAAAAAGGGACUUCAAAAGGGUCCCAAAAAGCAAGUUGCAAGUCAGUCCUAAGUUUUAACUGUCACUUUUGUGCUGUGAAUUAAUGUCUCUUUUGUGUACUAGGUUUUAACUAUCUUUUUCUGUGUUGUGUUGACACUGGCUUAUAAUGCCACCUUUUGUGUACUAUGGCUAUGGCUUGUAAAUGGCACAUUUUGUGUACAAUGACUAUGGCUUAUAAAUGCCACCUUUUGUGUACAAUGACUAUGGCUUAUAAAUGCCACCUUCAAUGUAACUUUCUUUUGCACAAUUCUGUUGAAAAUUGAUACCAAUUAUGCAUUUGACCUUGCUUCAUACAGAUUUAUUAAAACUGCUCCUAUCUUGCUAAAAUUUUAGACAUUCUUCACAUAUAUAUGUUGGUAUUUUAAUUGUAGGAAAUCUAUAUAUACAUAAAACUGAUACAACUCAUAACACAUAAAGUUAUAGAUGUCUGUCGCACGCUCGCGAAAUAAGAACAGAGUCGCCACCAAUAUAUUUAUCCCAAAGGGAAAGGAAUAUCAGAAAACCUAGAAUAAGGAUAAGAGAAGGUCUUGCGACCAGAGAUAAGGUACGGGAGUCGGUUACGCAAGGGGAAGGUGCUAGCAAUUUCGGUGAAGGCCCAAGGCUUAUUCAGCAGACUUUUCACAUGUAGAUUUUAUUAUCUGAUUUUUUAUUAAUUAACAAAAUUUAAUUAAUUAAAUAAAACAAAUAUGAAAAAGAAAAUGGAAGAAAGGAAAUUAGGGUUCAAUUACCUGUGACGGAUCAGCUUCUCAACAUAUCUUCUCUUCUUCCUUCUCUCACUCAAACGCAGCGGCGGCGGAAAGCUACUCCGGUGAAGUCCUCUUCGCUUCAGUUUCUCCUUCUCGCGAAUGCGCGCGGCGGCCGGUAAUACCCUUCCUUCUCCGAUCGAAAAUAACUCGCGAACACCGAUUGACCUCUCUUCUCCUUCGUCUCCCGUCCGUUCGCGAUGAUGAUGAUGUUGUUGUUAUCUGCAGUGAGGAAGGUGCGGUGGAGAUGAUUAAUGGACGAUGAACCUCAUUGAACCUCAGAUGGAGAUCGUGAUUAUGGCAGAUUCGAAGAUGCCGGCGACAGGAAAUUGAGGUCCGGUUUGUAGAAGAGGAUGAACGUUGGAGGUUGUUGAUUGGAGAAGGAUGAAGAAUCGGUUAUCAAUGGAGGUUGAAGGUGAUGAUUGAAACUUGAAGAUUAUGGAGGUGGAUGAAGUUGCAGAUUUGUGGAGAAAAAUGAAGAUGAGGUUAAGAAGUGAAGAGAAUCAUGGAGAGUCUAUGAAGAGUGGCUGAGAUGAGAAAAGAUCGAGAGUGAAAGUGGAAAAAUGGUGGAGACCUUGCAGAGAGAGUCCAGGUUCUGAUUUAUAGGAGGUGGAGGUUGGUUUAUUGAUACAGGAUGAGAGUUUAGGUUGAAAAAUUGAACUUUGUGGGGCUGCAGUUUCGGUUUUGUCGUGCAGGCGUGGACAUGGAGCGAAUAUACAUUUGUGUGACAAUGCUUGAAGGCUGAUGAAGGCGUGGUUAUGAAGUUGGAGAUUGGAGAAACAGGCCUGAGCACUUGAAAGGAAUAGAUUUAGAAAUUUUGGGUCAUGAUAUAUUUAUGUGGAUUUCAUGAUGUUUUGUACUUAUGCAAUGGU